CAUCUCGCUUGUUUAUUACCUGAUUCCGUGUUGCAUAGCUUCUCGAGUCGGAGAGGUUGCUGCUCUGUAUAGGACUCCAUGGCAUUGUCAGCGGCCACACAGAAUAUGUGGACUGACAGAGUUCUCACAAGGAGAACCCUUGGAUGGACCACUGAAGGAAACUUCACCUCCUUGUGUCCUAAUGGGUCCAAAUGGGUUUGGGAAGGGCUUGGGGAAUGUGCCCAGGAUGGGAGGGACAUGGCCAGCAUCUACUUAGGCCUCCUGUCGAUCCUCUGUUUCAUGGUGUCAUCACUUCCACAAUACUACAGCUCAUGUAAAAAAGGGAAUAUGGACAGUGCUCUCUCUAUUUGGUUUUUGCUGCUGUGGUUGGGAGGAGACUCCUGCAAUCUGGUGGGCUCCUAUUUGGCUGACCAGCUUCCACUUCAGAAAUAUACAGCAAUUUAUUAUGUGAUAGCUGACAUGUUGAUGCUGGCCAUGUACAUGUACUACAAGCUCAGAAACAGAAUGGCUGAGGGCAGGAGGGUUUUAAAUGUGGUGGGUAUAUCCUGCAUUCUGGGCGCCACUGCAAGCCUCACCAUCUUCCCGGGUGUAGGUCCCUCACCUGAAAUAAUUUCCACUGGGUUCAGAAGUCGAUCCUUGCUCUCAACCACUGAUGCCAGCUCCAUUCAGGCUUUUACCCCAAAAGAGAUUAUUGGUUUCUCCAUCGGGUCAGUGUCGUCAGUCCUCUACCUCUGCUCCAGACUUCCACAGAUGUACACUAACUACAAGAGGAAGUCUACAGAAGGAGUUUCUUACUUCCUGUUCGCACUUGUCAUCCUGGGAAACACUACAUAUGGAUUGAGUGUCUUACUGAAGAACCCUGAGCAGGGCCAGGCUGAAAAAAGUUACCUAGUUCAUCACCUACCAUGGCUCAUCGGAAGCCUUGGCACCCUCUCCUUAGACCUCAUUAUCUCAGUACAGUUCAUGAUUUACCGCAAGACUCCAGCUCAGAACGCCAACGUGAACUUCGGAAACGACGAGACGACGCCUCUAAUGGAGAGCUAAGCAAUGCAAAGAGAGCGUGCUGGUGGGAUUCGAGUAAAAACUCACCUCCAGUCAAAGUCACAUGUCCAACACAUCAGGAUGAGGAAAAAAAAGAAGCAAAACUGUAAUCUUUGGUUUGAUUUUGUAGUCUUAUUUAUUAUGCCUUCACCCUCUUUAAUGUUUACAAUGUGUUUUUAUCUUCAGUAGUGCAUUGACAGAUGAAGUUCUUCACUCAGCUGAUUUCUAGUGCUCUUACUUUUACAUUUUUAAGGGACCGUUCAGGAUUUUGAGUGUCAAACUUUUCUGGGCGCGACUCUUAACCUGAACUCAGUGCAAUGUCAAACCAUGGAAACAUGUCAGAAACUUGACCGUACCGUGCAAUGAGGUGUUUUUUUUAUGUUUUUAUUUUAGUUAUAAUGGUGCUUUUAAAUCUCCAAUCACCUGGAUGGUUGGCUAACCACUGCAUGCAGCCCAGUCUGAUCCCAGUCACAGUGUUUCAGAGCACCUCCACUAACUGGAUGCUGUUCAGACAUGUAAAUGCUGUGAUGUGUUUGGAUUUGGUCAAUUUUAAUUAACAGAUGCACCAAGUGCCAAAAAAAAAAAAAGAAAAAAGAUUAUUGGGGCUUUAUUUGGGGCUGUAUUAUUUUAUUUUAUUCUUUUUUUUAUUACAGAGGUAGGACCUGUUUUGAUUGUACUGGUGAUGAAAGUUACAUCUUUUCACACAGAUUUUUGUUUCUUGAAUUCACGUUUUCUUCUUCUCCAUUUUGCACAUUUUGAUGCAACGUGUUGAUUUUUGUACUCUAAGAAAUGUAUUUGUUUGGUCAGUGUACUGUAAAGAUUAAACAAAUUUCUCCAGUC